AUGGAAGCAGAAGAAAUUCCAGGAUAUGAUCCAAUUGAUUGGCUGUCUGUUAUACCAGAAAAUCAUGCCAUUGAUAUUAUCAUAGGUCAUGGAGUACGUCUUGGUAGACAAAUAUCUAUCAUAAAGAAACAGCAUGCCUGUGGUUGGAUACAAACUGUCCACACAGCCCCAGAAGAGCUUGGCAAGUAUAAGACCUAUGCCAAUGCAAUCUCAAAAGGUGGGAAGAAGCAUCAAGUGGAGGUAAAACUUUGCGAGAGGGCUGAUCAAGUUCUUGCAGUUGGGCCCAAGUUGGCAGAAGCCUACAGGCGUUACUUGCGUUCCAGCCAGAAAGAUCAAGCUACUCUGGAUCUCACACCUAGUAUUUUCUCUCAAUUCUCCCAUGUCAAACAAGCCAGUAAAGGUGGGAAUACAUUUGGUGUUCUAGUGUUUGGACGUGGAGACAGUGAAGAUUUUCAUCUGAAAGGCUACGACAUAGCAGUUCAAGCAGUUACAAGGUUGGAAGGAAUCAUCAUACCAUCUCAUGUUUGUUGGUGCUCCUGCUGGAAAAGAAGAUGA